AUUUGGGGUGUCGGAACGGUGAUCGUCACGAUGCUCUUGAAUCGGCCGUUCUGGGUAAAAAAUGCUAUUCUCAAAGUUGAUUGGUACUCGACCAUUCGUCUGGUUAUUGGUGAUAUUCCGAAAGAUGUCCGGGGAACUUAUGGGGACGCCACAAUCAACAUGAUCGAACAGAAAAUCAAAUCCUCCUCCGGACCCCGACUCUCUUCCUGGUUAGCUAGUCGCCUUCCUGAUGACCCCACGAAGGUCGCUAGCUGGGAAAGUUUCCUGAACUCGUGCAUGGCAUGGGAUCCCGAGAGUCGCUCUUCCGCUGAGACGUUACUUUGUCAUCAACUCUUCGCCGAGAUCAACAAGGAUUCUGCCGUACCAGCCGAGACGUGCAAAGCAGACGAUCAUCCGGUAUCUGCCGAGCUCCUGGUACACAUGUACACCUGUACUCAGUCCGAAGGAGCGCUUCCCUCGGAACGGAUCGUCAGAUGCGCUUGUCAUCCAAGUAGAUUCUUUGAGCCCAAGCCUAGAAUCUCUUCAUCGUACAAGCUACACGGCAGCGACUACACAGCAAUCCGGAAGAUUAAGGAGGAUUUCCGUUCGAGCACUUGGUUAUGCAAGAGCGAAAGCAAACCGAACGAUCACGUUGCCAUCAAGAUUCUCGUUAGAGAUCGUGAUCCCGCAUCGAAAGAGCAUCGACAGCAGGUACUUGUGCUCGACAGCAUCGCGGCUCGGCUGAAGCAAGGACACAAAGCUGUUGACAAUAUCGUCAAGUUCUACAACACACUGCAGCUCGAUGUUGACAGGACAGCCCUUGUCUUCGAGCCCUUGUCUUUGGACCUCGAAAGAAUUGAGUACAUCUCACGUCUUCAGAUCUUGCCCGGCUGGUUCAUCAAGAAAUGUAAUCGAGGUAUACUUCGAGGGUUGGCGUUUCUACAUGAUGAGAUGAAGGUCGUUCACGCCGGAUUGGAGGCACGCCAUAUUUCUUUUCGGCUGCCUGAACUGCAGUACCCCGCUGAACCCCCUAUUGUGAUCGACAAGGGAGAAGAGUCUGCGGGCCGCCUGGGGCGUUCGUUUCCACACAUACCUUCUCCACGGCGCUUCUACGAAGAAGCGACCGUAGUUCUGUCUGACUUCGAUCGAUCCGCUUUCAUCGGGUCACAAAGCGAUACGGCGGUUGAUGUCCAUUGCUCAGCGACACCUCCCGAGAUGGUUCUGGCCAGAGGGAUCAGAUACGGGACUAGUGGUGACAUCUGGCAAGUGGGCGUGCUGACUCUCAGCAUGCUCGGUUAUGGUGGUGCUAUCAGCGAUCUCGCUUCCAUUUCUCAAUGGUACAGAUGCUUCACCGAGUAUCUAGGAGAAGUUCCCGAAGAUGUAGUGGAGCGCUAUGGUGACAUCGCUCGACGAUUGCAGCUUACAACGACCCCUGCACGUGUCACUUACAAAGUUGCGAACGGAAACGUUACGCAUAAAGACUUGGCUGAUCAAUUGUAUCGACGGGGAUCGAUCAAAGAAGAAGCAGUCGAAUGGGACCGAUUCCUACGACGCUGCUUAGCGUGGUUUCCGGAGGAUCGCCCUUCGGCGGCGGAGCUUCAACUGGAUCACAUCUUCACCGGCGCAUUCUACCGCUAUCCUUCCUCCUCAAACGAUGCUGAGCCGAGUGGCACAGAUGAAGCGCUUCACGCUUCGAAGGAGGAAGAGAUGAACUGGUACACCUUCGGUUGCGAUCUCGAUGAUUUGCAUCAACCGUUUGAUGGCAGCAUCCGCCUCAAACUCAAUCCGCCCGCACGUCCCCUUGAUGACUCUCGCCUAUUGGCGCGCAUCGACAACGACUUGUUCCAGCUGCACGAACAAACGAGCUCCUUCGUGGCCCUCGAGGUGGUCGAGAGUGACGCUACGAUCCAGAAAACGACUACUUCCACCACCCCCUUGGUGGUCGAAAUUGAUUUCGAAACUUACGAUCACGACAAAGAUUACAACGACGAUUCGGAGAAGAUUGACGGCAAAGACGACAAUAACAACAAGCAUGACGAACAGAAGCAGCAAGCACAGAAUGAAGACCAAGAUCAAGAUCAAGACCAAGACCAAGAAAAUGAACAUGAUGAGACGGAAUGUAAUGUAACGGCAAUGACCGUCGAGCUGUAAGCUACAAGAAGCAAGAAGUCAUGGACCCAUCCACGCGUGUCAGACGCCGGACGAUAUACGAUGAGGGCCCGGUCGCGAG